AAAAAAAACACAAUCCGACCCUGGCAAAAUACAAUCAGCUGUUUGUAAUGACAGUUCUCUGACAAAUACAAAAUGGUUGAAAACUAAAGUUGGCAAACAAAGAAAGGCAGCGUAAUAGCGUUAUUUGGCGUUUAAAAACGUUUUUUACAGUGAAAAGUGUAUUAAAAUAGUGCGUGUGAAGUGUUUAGUGCACAAUGUUGGAUUUGGAGAUCAUCCCGGAGCGAUCCCUGGGCUGCGACGCCUGGGAGUUCGUUUUAGGGAUGCAUUUCUCUCAGUCAGUGGCCAUCAUACAGAGUCAAGUGGGCACAAUCAGAGGAGUACAAGUGCUAUAUAGUGAUCAGAAUCCCCUAAACGUAGACCUAGUGAUAAACAUGCCUCAGGACGGAAUCCGGUUCAUAUUCGACCCGGUCGCCCAACGACUCAAGAUCAUAGAGAUAUAUAACAUGAAAUUAGUUAAGCUUAGGUAUAGCGGCAUGUGUUUCAACUCGCCAGAGAUAGCGCCAUCUAUCGAGCAGGUGGAGCACUGUUUCGGCGCCACGCACCCCGGCCUCUACGACUCGCAGAGGCACCUGUUCGCGCUUAACUUCCGGGGGCUCUCCUUUUAUUUUCCUGUUGAUAGCAAAUUUGAGCCUGGCUACGCGCACGGCCUGGGCUCGCUCCAAUUCCCGAAUGGCGGCUCGCCCGUCGUCGCCAGAACCACCAUUUACUACGGAUCUCAGCAUCAGGCAAGCAGCAGCGUCGGAGCGGCCACAGGCGCGCCGCUACCGCCGCUGCCGCUGUCCUGCUACCGGCAACAACUGCACUUGCGGCGCUGUGACGUGCUGCGCUCGCCGCAGAGCACGAGGGGCCUGAGACUACACAUGUUCACCGAAGGCACGUCCCGCGCGCUGGAGCCGGUGCAGCUGCCGCUGUGCCGCGUGGUGCGCUUCGGGGACUCGUGCCAGGCCGUCGCGCGCGCUCUGGGUGCGCCGGCGCGCCUCUACUACAAGCACGACGACAAGAUGCGCAUACACCGCCCGCCCCAGCGCCGCGCCCGCCACGCGCCGCCCGCCACCGACUACUUCUUCAACUACUUCACCUUGGGACUGGACAUCCUGUUCGAUGCGAGCACGCACCAAGUGAAGAAGUUCGUCCUGCACACCAACUAUCCGGGGCAUUACAACUUCAACAUGUACCACCGCUGCGAAUUCGAGCUCGCCGUGCAGCCAGACAAAUGCGAGCCCAACUCCCUAGUGGACAGUGUGGGGGCCGUCAAUAUAACCGCGUACUCCAAGUGGGAGUCCGUGUCGCGCGCGCUCCGCGUCUGCGAGCGCCCCGUCGUGCUCAACCGCGCCUCCAGCACCAACACCACCAACCCGUUCGGUUCUACCUUCUGCUACGGAUACCAGGACAUCAUAUUUGAGGUGAUGUCGAACAACUACAUCGCGUCGAUCACGCUGUACCAGCCCGAGGGCGGCCGGCCCGCCUUCGCCGUCAACUCCAUCGCGUGACACAACCA